AUGGUGCGCAACUGCAGCGCCUGUGGUACGCAACGCGCAUCCGUCAAGCGUCCCAAGACGGGUGCUGCCGUCUGCAAAGAAUGCUUCUACCAACAAUUUGAGACCGAAAUCCACGACACCAUCACCUCACACUCACUCUUCAACCGGGGCGACCGCGUCGCCAUUGGCGCCUCUGGUGGAAAGGAUUCUACUGUCCUAGCAUACGUCCUCUCGCUGCUCAACAAGCGUCAUGACUAUGGCCUCGACUUGUUUCUGCUCAGUGUAGACGAGGGCAUCACUGGCUACCGCGACGACAGCUUAGAGGCUGUGCACAAGAACAAGGUGGAGUACGAUCUCCCGCUUCUCGUCGUUGAUUACCGCACGCUGUACGGAUGGACCAUGGACGAGAUUGUUAGCGUCAUAGGCAAGAAGUCUAAUUGCACCUUCUGUGGCGUCUUUCGGAGACAGGCUUUGGACCGAGGCGCCGUCCAACUCAAGGCGGACAAGGUCGCCACUGGGCACAACGCCGACGACAUGGCCGAGACCGUCCUGCUUAACUUUCUGCGCGGCGAUUUCCCGCGUCUGUCACGAUGCGUGGACGCCGUCACCGGCCGAGACAGUGCUCUGCCGCGCGUUAAGCCAUUCAAGUACACGUACGAGAAAGAGAUUGUCAUGUAUGCUUACUUCAAGAAGCUGCAUUAUUUCGCCACAGAGUGCAUAUACUCGCCCAACGCCUACCGCGGCUACGCGAGACAGUUUUUGAAGGACUUGGAGGCAGUCAGACCCUCGGCGAUUUUGGAUGUCAUCCGAUCAGCAGAGCAAUUGACGUUUCCGCCGCCGGGAAGUAAGGAUACUGCUAUGCCCGUGCAGAAGACGUGCGAGAGAUGCGGAUACAUUACAAGUCAGAGACUGUGCAAGGCAUGCGUGCUCACCGACAGCCUUAACAAUGGCACCGCCGCUGACGUCAAUCGCAAGUCGCGUCCAGGGCGAGUGAAGAACCAGUCAGAGGCUCAAGUCGGGCAUGCUGUGAAGGCUAAAGAAUGA